UGGCUGAAAAAAGGGAAGGCCUUUGCCCAGCAGUGGAAAACUAAAUAGCCAAUAUGAAAAAAUCCGCUGAAAUCAAACUUGCUGCAUGAACCCAUCCACAGCGGUGGCCCAUAGAUUAAAUCACGCAGAUAGGCCAGUGGGUAGAGUACCUCGUGUUGUGCGUAUCGGCUGUUCCACAAACUCGGCAAAUGAUGGCGCUGGUUGCUGUUUUAGUAAUCGCCUCGUUAACAAGGAUUAAAGGAGAGUGCACACUGAGCGCCUGUGACGUGUUUGACGCGGUGGUGGCGCGCAAGGACCCUGCACACCCGGACCCGACAGCUACAGGGUGCGCCACGGACGUGCAGUGGAGGCAGCUCGACCGCCGCCUGAGGGCCAUUGAACAGCCAGUGUGGACAGUGAGUUACGGGCAGUCCCGGUGGCGGCAGUGCGGCAAGGGGACCUGCAGAUGCGACCCGGUCCGGAAGUCCCUGACCUGCUGGCGCUCCGGACUCACGGCGCUCACCGCCGACCUGGUCGUACCCACUGAUCUACUGCACAUAGAUCUUGGUACUAAUAAAUUGCGUACAUUACACAAGAGCACCUUCAAAGGUAUGCGAUCACUAACCGAACUGGAUAUGUUUGAUAAUCGAGUGGAAUUCUUGCCACCAGGCAUUUUCGAAUCGCUGUGCAACCUCAGAAUACUACGCUUACAAAGGAAUUACAUCGAGGAAAUUGAUAGCGAGGCGUUCCGGACCACGAAAAAUCUUUUCCACGUCGAUCUGUCCAACAAUUUCCUGUACACUCUACCGGAGAAACUGUUCGCCAACAGCUCCCAGCUCGACACCAUCGAUCUCUCAAAAAACCAAUUAAUCUACAUCCCCUCUGGCAGUUUCGUGGGACUGGCGGCGCUACAGAUACUGGACCUAUCCAAGAACAAGAUACAGAGAAUCGAAAACGGAACGUUUCAUUUGAAGUCUUUGCAAAUCUUGAAACUCUCGGAGAACAGGAUCAGUAACAUUUCAGGGAAUGCGUUCAAAAGUUUGGUUUCUCUGGAAACGUUGAUGCUGGACCACAACAAGCUCCACGCGGUUCCCAAACGGCUGUUCUCGAGCCUCCGCUCCCUGGUGUACCUGGAUCUUUCCAGUAAUAACAUAAAGAGUCUAACCGGCAUCGAGUUCGAAAACCUCGAGGCGUUGCGUCACCUCGAGCUAAAAGAAAACGACUUGUCCGAACUGCCCGACUACAUAUUCUCGAACUGCACGAAGUUAGAAAAGAUAGACCUGUCAAAGAAUAACCUUCGAUAUUUGAAUGUCACCACUUUCGAGGGGCUGGAACAUCUGGCGUCACUGCUUCUGUCGGACAAUAAACUCCACGGAGUCCAUUACAAAACAUUUUCUACGCUGAAGAAUCUCACUACUUUAUACCUGGACGGCAACCUGUUCCCGUCGCUGCCGUCACGGACCCUGGACUUCACGCCCAAGCUGGCCGUGGUGCGGCUCAGCGGGAACCCCUGGCACUGCGACUGUCACACCCUCUAUAUAUCUGCCUGGGUGCGUCUCAACGAGAUGAAGCUCUGGGACUACUCCCCGACCUGCGUGUCGCCCUGGUACAUGGAGGGCCACUUCCUCAAGAAGCUGAAGUUCCCAGAGCUCUGCGACGGGCAGUGGGCCAGCAUGGUGAACCUGUCCCCACGGCUGCCCAUACAGCAGCUGCUGGCUCUCAAUGUGACUGUGAACCGGAAACCGCAAGACAGCAUGGAGCAUAAUCAUGACGUCACUACUGUAGAUCCGUGGCACUAGGUUGCACUACUGUGACGUCACUACUGUUGAUUCGUGGUACUAGUUAUUGCGAUUUGCUAGAGUUCUGUCGCAUUUGAAAAUUCGGUCAAUUGCUGAUGUUAUCUAUUUUAUAGGUAUUGAUGAAUACAUUUUAUGAUUUAAUGAAUUACCAAUAAAUAAA